ACACCGAAUUAUUUUUAAUCUGCAGGAAUGUUUUCCAUUUUCGGCAAGAAAAAGCCAUCAGAGCCACAACCUGAUGACGUCAUACAGGGUCCAGCGGACGCCCAAAAGCAAAACGGUGAUGAUUUCAUAUUCGUAGAACGCAAAUCUGACGUAGUCGAUCCGAACACAGCCACUGGAGGAGGAAUAUACCCGCCCAUGCCCCCGGCAAGUUUCACCUCGCUACCAUACCCACCGUCCUUAGGCCCAAGAACAGCAGCAGGAGGCGCCGCCCUGCCAAUCAACUAUCUGCAGGACAUUCCAUUCGAGCUGUCGCCACAAUUGGCAACAAAGGACCGCUACAUGGGCACGCAAAUGCAAGUAGACGAAAUAUUGGCGCUUAUGACGCGACAGCUGUCGGUGGACGAAAGCGCUGAGGAGUACACAUUUGCCUUGGAGCGAUCCGUACAGAAUGAGUGCUACUGAUAGCGAAGUCAACGAGUGUGAUGAAAUUGUUCAUAUAUAGUUUAUUUUAUGCUUCAUUGGAACGCCCAAAUAGGCUGUAUUGUCUAUCUACUGUUAACUACAUGUAAAGCAAGUUACUUUGUUUUAAAUACAUAAAUAUUUCUUAAGCACAA